AUGCCUACCAUAACGGUCAACAAGGCCGACCUCUUCAAAUCCCUUGGCCGGGAAUAUACUACUCAAGAGUUCGACGAGCUAUGCUUCGAAUUCGGUAUUGAACUUGAUGAAGAUACUACCGACCAAGAUAGAAAAGAAAAAGAUGGCAGCGAACGUCCUCCAGAGCUCAAGAUUGAGAUCCCCGCCAACAGGCAAGACUGA